AGUCCGAGGCCGAAGGGCCCUGCCGCCGGGCUCCCGCAGCCGCUCCGGGGGCCCCGGGGUCCGUCCUUGGCAGAAUGGCUCUCCUGGGCCUUCUGCUGCUCCUCACGGCGGCCGGGAGCAGCGCUGGGCUGAGCACCGCGGAUCCGGAGCCGUCCUCGGUGCCUAUGCCAACCAGUGUUACAGUUAAGUCCUAUAACUUGAACCCAGUCCUGUAUUGGGAGUACCAGAACAUGACAAAGACCCCUGUUUUUACUGUGCAAGUGAAGACCUAUGAGAGUGCAGUGUGGCUUGAUGCAUGCGUUAAUACCUCUCAUCACUACUGUAAUAUUUUUCACCAAGUUGAUGAUCCAUCAAGUCCUCUGUGGACCAGAGUUAAAGCUAGGGUUGGACAAAGGGAAUCCAUGUAUGCAGAGUCAAAGGAAUUCACUUUAUGUAAGCAAGGAAAGAUUGGAGCACCUGCACUCAACGUUAGGAAGGUGGACAACAAAAUUGCUAUUAAUAUAUUUCACCCUCUAAUUGUUAUCAAUGGAGAAACGCUGGGAGCCAUGUAUGAUGAGGACAGUGCCUGCUAUGCAUUUGAGUACCAUGUGUAUAUAAGAGUGAAGGGCAGUGAGAACACAGAUAAAAAACAAGUAAGCGACCCCUGCGAUGAGACCCAGUGUGAGUUAAGUAUUCCAGUGUCCUCGCUGAACACCGAGUAUUGCAUUUCAGCAGAAGGCGUCUCAGGCAGGUGGCAGGUUACGACGGAGAAGUCUAAAGAAGUCUGUAUUGCCAUUUUCAAUCAUAGUAUAAAAGAUAUUCUUUGGAUUCCCAUUGGGGCUGCUGUCCUGCUGUUUGUAGUAGUGAUCCUGGUAUUCGCAUGCUACCGCGUUAAGAAGAUCAAUCCACUUAAGCGGACAAACAUAACGUUACCCAAGUCCUUGCUCUUUGUGGUCAGAAGCGCCACAUCAGAGACGAAACCAGACUCAAAAUACACAUCGGUUGUCACCUCCUGCCAGCCAUUGGUCCCGGAAGACGAGAAGGUGCUCUGUGAAGAGCAGCUGUCUCCAGAGGAAGGGCCGGGCCCGCACGGAGCAGACGGCCCAGGAUCAGCCGGGCACACGGGAGACCUUGCUGAAGUGGUGGCUGUGGAGGAGAUGGCUUCGGAUGUGGCCCCUGCCAGGCCCCUGACUCCACCAAACAGAGAGAAUUCUCUCCAUUCAGGUAGUGACCUGUCCGCAGCCGACAGCGUCGCCUUGAACUCGUAUCACUCCAGAAAUGCCUCUGACAGUGGCCUUGUGGGGUCAGGAAGUCUGUCAGACUCAGAGUUCCCCGCAAAUCAUAAAACUGAAAUAAAGCCGCAAGGACAAGGGGCCCUACCGCUGAGAAAUGGCCCGAGCUCCUUUGGCUACGACAAACCGCAUGUGAUGGUGGACCUGCUUGUGGGAGAGCAUCCUAAGGAGGCCUUGAUUGGUUACAGACUCACAACAGAUGCCAAAGAAUCCUCGUAAGAUCCGUGAAGACACACCAGCUCCGAAGGACCUGGCUUUCCUGGACAGUGUCUCUGCUUCGAUUUCUUGACAAAAAAAAAAAAAAAAAAAUUAUGAACUCAGAAACUGUAUCUUAGUCCUUGUUAACCAAACGGCCUGUUUGGCUUUGGAGAAAUAUGUAAGCACUUUGUUGUACACUGUCCCAUAUGGUCUGCAAACUACAGACGCUGUUUAGAAAAAUCAGCACUAUUGCUUCCAAGCCUUCCUCCCUAGAUGAGUUAGCACUAACCAUGAACGUGCUCCAGGGCCCCUGUGCCCCUGUGCCCUUGGAGGUCACGUCCCAGGGUCCUUUCUCACCGUGUGAAGAGACAGUGGGAGCUUUUGGUCUCUGUGCCUCGACAUGGGAUUUGGUUUUGUACAUGUACAUUUGUAGUAUUUUCAGAUGACUAAUUUCAGAAGAAAUCCUGAAAGCUUUUCAAAGCUGGGUUUCAAAUGCAAACUAAUAGAGGAUGUAAAGAGGAACAUGUAUAUAUUUUUAUGGAAUGUCUAGAGAUUGUUAAAUAAAAUAUUCUAAAAACUUA